UAUAGGCUCGGAACACAAAAUAAAAUUUUUGUAUACUAUUUUGUAGUUAAUUAAAACAAAAAAUAUUGAAUGCUAAAAUGUUAUUAUCUCAAUUUAUUUAUAUAUAAAUUUGUAAUAUGAUUUUUCAUUUGUUAUAGUUAUUGAUAAUAAUUAUUUUAUUAUUAAAUAUUAAAAAUUCAAUAAUGAAUUUUCUACAAUACAUUAUGUUUUUGCUGUUUAUGUAUGGUGUAAUGACAAAAGCUGAUUCAGAUGAAAGUUUAAAUAUUGAUGACAGUCAAUUUUCGUUAGAACCAUCUGAUUCUCCUAAGAAUGUUACUUUUGUACCACAAAUGGCAGAGUUAACUGAUAUUCAAGCCAUAAGCAAUGCAAUAAAAAACUUUCAAAAAAAAUUAGAAGAAGAACAUAAUUAUCUUCCCACUAUGCAAGCUUAUUUAACUACUAGCACUACUACAAAUGGAGGUAAAGAAUUUAAAUUUAGUACAUUUUUAUCCUCAGUCUUGUAUGCAGAACUUGUUACUGAUAGUACUAAUACAAGCCACCCAUCUGUAUAUGAACCAUUAUCAAACAUAACAGCAGCUAAUAACUCUAGGAUUGUGAACUGCACUAACUUUAUUCCUCUAAACAUGACUGAAGUUUCUGUUGAGGUGGUAAAUUCAACAAGACUUGGUUAUGUUUUAAAAACAGAUCCUGAAAUUACAAAUCGCCGAACAAUUGCAGCUUGUACAUUGGUAUUAUUUUAUGCAAGAUCUUGUCAGUUUAGUACAUUAGCAGCUCCACAUUAUAAUGUACUUCCUAGAAUAUUUCCUCAAGUUAAAAUGGUAGCUUUUAAUGCUAUCUCAGAACAGAGGUUCAACACAAUGUAUGGUAUUACAGGAGUUCCAUCUUUGGUUCUAUUUCACAAUGGACGUCCUAUAGCAAAAUAUAAUGGAUCAGAUUAUUCACUUUAUGAGUUUACCAAAUUUGUUAUUAGACACACAGAUCUCACACCUAAUGAAAAAGUAGAAAUUACAGUAACUGACUUUGUCAAACCAGUCCCUGGUUUUGGAAAUCGAGAUAAUGAUUAUUCUUUAUGGCUUGCAUGGUUUGUUAUCAUAUUCUGGAUUAUUGCAUAUAUGCAAACUAUGAAUUUUUGGAGACGAUUUGUAGAGGAUAUCAAAAAUAUAUGGCGUGAAGCAGAGGCUCAACAUGAGCAUGAAGAUUAAUUACAAUGUUAUAUAAUAAUUUUGUUUAUAAUUUGUAUAAUUUAGUGUUAAUGUAUAAUAUUAAAUGGUCUUUGAAAAAAAAAAUGUUUGAUAAAAUAGUUUGAGAA